GCGGCUGGAUGUAUUUUAAAUGCGAGAAAGAUGCGCCGCCUAGCGGCAUUGUUAGAAGAACGUUUGCUGAACGGAAGGAAAAUGCUUGUGUUACGGAGUCGGGAAAAGCGUUUCUUGGGCGUCUUCAAGCCGUUUGCGUUAACGCCUUACAAAUCGUUUACUGCGCCUAUACAAUUCGCCAUCGGAAGAGCGUUUGCUGAACGGAUUGAAAACGCUUGUCUUACGACGUUGGGAAAAGCGUUUGCUGAACGUUUGAAAAAUCUGACAGCAAACUUACUGCACGCAGCGUAUACUGAGCGUUCUCUGAAAAGCGUUGCCUCAGCAUUUCAGAACUUUCAUGAAACGUUAUAUACAGCGUUUUAUAAGCGUUCUGGAAGCGUUCAAAAUCCAACGACGUUGUCUUCUUAGUUUUCGUCAGGGAUAUAGAACUAUUGAAAAGGAAGCCAGAACUUUCAAUAGUUUGUGAGUUUCUGCAAAAUGAGACGCCA